UUUUUCAGAAACCAAGGCCCUCCCUCUCGUCUCACUAGUGGGAAGGGUAGAAAGAACAGGACAGAAAGCUCUUCCUCUUGUGUGAGGCAGUUGCUGUGGAAGCCCCAUAGGCAGGGGGCCCCUCGCCAGCACAUCCUGUCCGCUUGUGUCUGCUGCAGAGUUCUCUGCUUGCACUGGUGCACCCCAGGCCAGGCCGGACUGCUGGGACCGGGGCCAUGUCUCCCCACCCCACCGCCCUCCUGGGCCUAGUGCUCUGCCUGGCCCAGACGAUCAACACGCGGGAGGGGGCCCUGCCCAGACCCUCCAUCUUGGCCGAGCCAGGCACUGUGAUCCCCCUGGGAAGCCAUGUGACUUUCGUGUGCCGGGGCCCAGCUGGGGUUCAGACAUUCCGCCUGGAGACGGAGAGUAGAUCCAAGUACAGUGAUACCAAUAAUGUGUCUCAAGCUAGUCCAUCUGAGUCAGAGGCCAGAUUCCACGUUGACUCAGUAAGUGAAGACAGUGCUGGGCGUUAUUUCUGCCUCUAUCUGAAGUCCUCCAGAUGGUCUGGGCACAGUGACUUCCUGGAGCUGCAGGUGAAAGAAACCUCUGGAGAUACGGACUCCCCCGACACAGAGCUCGGCUCAGCUGAUGCACCUGCUUCCCAAGGCCUGAAAGCUGAGCAUCUCUAUAUUCUCAUCGGGGUCUCAGUGGUCUUCCUCCUCUGUCUCCUCCUCCUGGUCCUCUUCUUCCUCCAUCGCCAGAAUCAGAUAAAGCAGGGGCCCCCCAGAAGCAAGGACGAGGAGCAGAAGCCACAGCAGAGGCCCCACCUGACUGUUGAUGUGCUAGAGAGGACAGCAGACGAGGCCACAGUCAAUGGACGUCCUGAGAAGGACAGAGAGACGGACACCUCGGCCCCGGCUGCAGGGAGUUCGCAGGAGGUGACGUAUGCUCAGCUGGACCAUUGGGCCCUCACACGGAGGACAGCCCAGGCUGUGCCCCCACAGUCCACAGAGCCCAUGGCUGAGUCCAGCAUGUAUGCAGCCAUUGCCAGACACUGAGCACCUGGCCUCUGCACCUGCGGAUAGAAAGUCACUCUAGGAAAAGCCUGAAGCAGCCAUGUGGAAGGCUUCCCCUUGGGCUCAUCCUCGUCUGGAAAGCCAGCCAGGCAGCUGUCCUGGAGACAAGAGCUGGAGACUGGAGAUUUCUAACCAGCAUCCAGAAGGUUCCUUAGCCAGGUGGUCCCUUCUACAAUUGAGCAGUUCCUUGGACAGACUGUUUCUCAGUUAUUUCCAGAGACCCAUCUACAGUUCCCUGGCUGUUUCUAGAGACCCAGCUUUAUUCACCUGACUGUUUCCAGAGACCCAGCUAUAGUCACCCUCCUGUUCUAGAGGCCCAGCUACAGCCAAUCAGCAGAUUUCCUGAGCAGUGAUGCCACCUCCAAGCUUGUCCCAGGUGUCUGCUGUGAACCUCCAGUGACCUCAGAGACUUUGCUGUAAUUAUCUGCCCUGCAGACCCUAAAGACCUUCCUAGAAGUCAAGAGCUAGCUUUGAGACUGCGCUAUACACACACAGCUGAGAGCCAAGCCCAGUUCUCUGGGUUAUGCUUUACUCCAUGCACCAAUAAAUAAUUUUGAAGGCCUCGCAUCUGGCAGCCCCAGGCCUGGUCCUGGGUGCAUAGGUCUCUCAGACCCACUCUCUGCCUUCACAGUUGUUCAAAGCUGAGUGAGGGAAACACGACCUACAAAAGAGGUGUCAGCGUUUUCUUUUUAAAAUUUAAUUGACCAGGAUUGUAC